UACCGUUUGGCAAGUUAAGAACCGAACCGCGCAACCGGCUACUGUAUAUAAUUUCACAUCAUUUGGCAGACGAUUUUUUUUUUCAGAUCCUUAUCACUAUAUUACACUGGCUAGUCAAGGACAUAAUGGCAUCCUCGUCAGGUAACAUGGACCAGAAGACUGCCAAUGUCCUGUUUGAGGAAGGUGCUGCUCUGGUCCUUCUCAACGUCCCUCCUGGGACAGAGUUUGGCAUCGAUUACAAUUCCUGGAACACUGGCAACCGCUUCAAAGGAGUCAAGAUGAUCCCACCCGGGGUGCACUUUGUCUAUUACAGUGCAGUGAACUUGAAAAGCAGAGACUGCGCACCAAGGACAGGGUUCUUCCAUUGCUUCAAACCUCGGGAGAUUGUCAUCAAGAGAUGGGAUGGAGGGAUUGAAGACUUGGUAGAUGUGAAAGUGACUGAUAGUUCCAAUCAGGAUGAGAAAGCUCAGCUUCAAGAAUGGGACCCAUUCCUCGGAGCUUACCCUUAUGAGAGCCUGAAACGCUGGGUUUCUUUGACUAAUCUUAUCAGUGAGGAUACUGUGACGCGCCUGUCGCCGCUGAGUGGACAGAUUGUAUCAGUGGCCCAGCUAGUCCCUGACAUGGCUACCAGGACAACGGCAGAUCGGAAGCUGAUGGCAGAAGCCAACAAAGAACUCCUGAAGAGCAAGAAUCCUGAGGACCACCUUCCUCAGAUGCAUCGGAAAGCAGGAACAGAGAUCAGGUUCUCCAAGAUCUCCAAACAGAAUUACCCAGAGGGCGCAACGCCCAAAGAGAUCACCAAGUGCAGCCUUGAUCACACCUUCACACUGGACAAACUCCUGUUGGAGAACUAUCCUACAGACUCUCAGGGUCUCCUAGCAGAGCUUCAGCUUGCCUUUGUCUGCUUCCUCAUCGGUCAAGUCUAUGAUGCCUUUGACCAAUGGAAGAGGCUUGUCCACCUUCUCUGUUCUUGCAUUGAAGCAAUGUCCACUCACAGUGGACUCUAUUCUACACUGGUCAAUGUCCUGCACUUCCAGGUCAGGGAGAUCCCAUCGGAUUUCUUUGUGGACAUUGUCUCCAGCAAUAACUUUCUCACGGUAACCCUGAGAGAUUUUUUCAUGAAUUUGACUCAGUCCGAAGCAGAGGGAGCACUGAAGGAGAAAGGCAGGAAGUUCAAGAAGAACCUGACUAAACAUUUUACUUGGGAUUUUGAUGAAGAACCAGAGGAUGAAGCCCCUGUUGUUGUUGACCUUUGAACUUUUAAUUACUCUGCUAUAAGGUCAAAUUUCUCUUUUAGUUGAACAUAUUUGCAUGGUCCAACAUCAUCGAAGGCUCAUGCCACAUUUUUAUCCAAUUUUAAGUUAAGCCAAAAUACAGAUCUACAGUAGAUCCUUUUGUUUCACAUUUAUUUUUGAUUAAUGAUUUCUACAGAGCUUUUUACUAACAUUAUUCGUCAUCUGACAAGCUUUCAGAUCUGACAAUUUUCUGAAUUUUAAUUGGCUGACAAGCACAGGUAUCUGACUGUUACUAUGCCGUGUGGUAACUGUCAGAUAAAUCUUCUGACGUGUCCUUCAUGAAAGGCUCUCGGGAAAACUUGUAGGCUUGUUUUUAUAAUGUGUAUUGGUGAUACCUGAAGCCUAUUUGAAAACACCAUGACAGGGUACUAAUUAUUUGUCAAAUCCAAAUUAGACAACACAUGUAUCAAUGAGGAUAUUUUUACAAGAUUUUUUUUUUGUCCGUUGAGAUUUUUUAAAAUCAAAUGUGCUGAAUGUAAACUUCAGCUGAAUGUUUAUAACAAACUAAAUAUACCAACAAUUUGUCAGGUUUUUAAUUAUGUGGUGAUCAAACGUUCCAAAUAAGUUCUAAUUGAAUUUUUUGAAGGAAUAGGCUUAAUUUAGUAAAUGAAUAAAGAAUUGUGGAUGUUUAUUUUCCUGAGAACUGGUUCUGAUAGUGUAUCGCUGUAUAACCUGUACCUGUUCUUACUGAGUGUAUUACAAUAUAACUAGCUGCUAUUAAAGGGAUGGUCCAGGCUGGAAAUAUUCAUAUCUCAAUAGAGUAAAAUUCACGGAGCAAAAUGCUGCAAAUUUGAUCAAAAUAGGAUAACAAAUAAAGUUAUUGAAUUUGAAAUAUUUGCAUUAUUCCAGUGAAACAGUUCUAGGCAUGUCUUUAUGAAUAUUCAUUAGGUGGGCUGAUGAUGUCAUAUCCCCACUUGAUCUUUUGUAUUUUAUUAUAUGAAAUUAGGUUUAUUCAAAAUUUUUCUACCAAGAACUAACACAGUUGGAUUGACAACUGAUUAGGUGCAUUAGUUAUUUAUUGCCGCAACUUAUUUCAUCCUAAUGGAGACACAUCAUUUACACAUGUAUGAAAAAAAUGAAACAUUUAUGAUUUCAUGUAAUAACAUAAGAAAAAUGAAAGUGGGGAUGUGAUAUUACCAGCCCACCUCAUGAAUAUUCAUGACGAUGUGCAUAUAACUGUUUUCACAAAAUAUUGAUAAACUUUAAACUUCAAUAACUUUGUUAUUUGUUAUCCGAUUUUGAUUGUGAAUUUUACUCUAUUUAUUUAGAUAUAAAUAUUUUCAGCCCGGACCAUCCCAUUAAUGCUUGUUUGUGAAUUGCAUCAUUUUUGGCUAAUCAGUAACUUUGUGUUUUUUAAUACACCACCUUUUUACUUCAAUCUCUAGUUACAGCUUAUUCUGCAGUACUAGUAAAUCUGUUUUACACUCUGAGACUUUGAGCUAACAUGUGAAUUACAUAUUUUUAUAUAACACAAUGAAAUAUAUUCACAAGUUAUGUGUUUUUACUUCUUUUAUGUUUGUAAUGAAAUACAAGACCAGAAUUUGCUAUUAUUCGUUAAAUUCUAGGGUUGAAUGCAACCGCAGUGAGCAUUCUUCUUUUAUUGUUUUCUUACAAUUUGAAAGUGUUGUAGAUGGCUACAGGUUCUGACUCAUAUGACCAUAUCAUCUCCAUAUGUACAUCAUAUGAUUUCUUUUACAGACCAUUGAGGUAUAUGUAAGCCGUAUAGAGGAUGUACUUGAAUUGUGUAAUUUGGUACCCUCUUCCCUUUUAUAUGUGCAUAAAUAUCGCAUGGAGAUUAUAUUUCUGUGCAGCAGCCAUACGGAUGUUUUACGUAGCCUUGCGAUCUCUUUGUUUACCGCUAUUUUGGUCUCAAGUGAGACUUCAUAAAAUGUCACAGCAGAAGCUUUUCAUGUUAUGGAUGUAUCGUAAUAAAUAAUGAGGCGGGGCUGCAUAAGCCCCCCCCCCCCACACACACACACACACACACUCCCUCUAGUCAAUUUAGGGUUAGGCUUUCUAUGAAUCUCCUUCUACAUGUAAUGUUUGAAUUUGAUAUCAUUUUUUUUCACUUUUCUGCCAUACAUACUUCCGAUCAUUCAGGUUAUCCUACCAAUACUAAAAAAUUAAGCAAUAAAAAUGUACCUUUUAUCAAAUUUUGUUUUGUGAGAGUUGAUGUUAGAUCUCAAGGAUCAUGACAUCCCCCCCCCCCCCUUUACCUUUUGGAAAUAUUGACAUUUCUCACUUUCUUUCCAUUCUUCUAUCAUAUUUUGUGAGAAUUAUGUCUGGAAAUGCAUUUCAUAAAGGUCUGAUUUUACUUGCACCAUGAAAAGUGUGUUAUAUGUUACAGUUCUAUCACAGAAUUCAAGAUAUUUAUUUCUGUGACCAUGUCUGAGGGGUUCUUUUCAAAUCACUCUAGUCAAUUUUUGUCUCGCCUGCAUAGCAGAGCGAGACUAUAGGCGCCGCUUUUCCGACGGCGGCGGCGGCGUCAACAUCAAAUCUUAACCUAAGGUUAAGUUUUUGAAAUGACAUCAUAACUUAGAAAGUCUAUGGACCUAGUUCAUGAAACUUGGACAUAAGGUUAAUCAAGUAUUACUGAACAUCCUGCCUGACUUUCAGGUCACAUGACCAAGGUCAAAGGUCAUUUAGGGUCAAUGAACUUUGACCAUGUUGGGAGAAUUAUUUUCAAAAUCUUAACCGAAGGUUAAGUUUUUGAAAUGACAUCAUAACUUAGAAAGUAUAUGGACCUAGUUCAUGAAACUUGGGCAUAAGGUUAAUCAAGUAUUAGUGAACAUCCUGCCUGAGUUUCAGGUCACAUGACCAAGGUCAAAGGUCAUUUAGGGUCAAUGAACUUUGGCCAAGUUGGGGAUAUUUGUUGAAUUACCAUCAUAACUUUGAAAAUUUAUGGAUCUAGUUCAUGAAACUUGGACAUUAGGUUAAUUAAGUACCACUGAAUAUCCUGUGCGAGUUUCAGGUCACAUGACCAUGGUCAAUGGUCAUUUAAGGUCAAUGAACUUUGGCCGUGUUGGGGGUAUAUGUUUAAUUACCAUCCUAACUCUGAAAGUUUACGGAUCUAGUUCAUAAAACUUGGACAUAAGAGUAAUCAAGUAUCACUGAACAUCCUGUACGAGUUUCAGGUCACAUGACCAUGGUCAAAGGUCAUUAAAGGUCAAUGAACUUUGGCCGUGUUGGGGGUAUUUGUUGAAUUACCAUCCUAACUCUGAAAGUUUAUGGAUCUAGUUCAUAAAACUAGGGAUAUAAGAGUAAUCAAGUAUCACUGAACAUCCCCUGUGAGUUUCAGGUCACAAAACCAAGGUCAAAGGUCAGUUAAGGUCAAUAAACUUAGGCCAUGUUGGGGUAAUUGCUGAAUUGCCAUCAUAACUUUGAAAGUUUAUAGAUAGAGUGAAUGAAAUGUGGACAUGGGUGUAGUUGACAAGUCUUAAGUCACCGUUCAAAUGUCAUUUAUGGUCAAUGAACGUGGUAUUAUGUCAUUAUAUGAAUGGUGUUUUUGUGAAUGAUUAUUUUAUAGUAGUUUUCAAAGUUAGCACUGCUGCUAUAUUAAAUCGCGUAAUGCAGGCGAGACUGCCAGAGGCGUUCCA